CCCUCCUCUGUCUAGAAUCACGGUUGCUCCAGUUGGCUUGGGCGUGCGUGGGUGCAAUAGUGUGCCGUUGUAAUUGGUGAUCGUUCUAAUUGUUGGGCCAGUGAACUGGAAAAGUGUACCAAUUUACGUUACUAAUGCCGUUCGCUGCUCCUGGCUUCAUCAUUUCUGCCGUUCCUCCCGUUGCCUCAUCUUCACGGGCAACCUGUUUUCCACGAGAGCGAUUUUCACCCAAAUCCGGUUCAUGGAGGACGCAUUGGUCUAGGCAUAGAAACGGGUUUAUCGGAAAAAGUUGUUUUGAACUAUGAUCUAGUAACCUUCGCCUAUCUUCGUCGCUCAAAGUUUAGCGUACCCUUUCCGGACGAUCCGACCAGCUAAUAUUAAACGAAAUAGUUCAUUCAGCAGUAUUAUCCAAAAACGGCAUAGAUUUUUUAAACAAAAAUAAUGUCACGUGCCAAAUCGCGCAUCCAAACGGACGUCUGUGGUGACUGUGGCGGUGCAGAUCCAUCGUGGGCGUCGAUCAACCGUGGCAUUCUGCUGUGCGCCGACUGUUGCUCGAUCCAUCGCAGCCUCGGGCGGCACAUUUCCCAGGUGAAAUCGCUCCGCCAGGGCAGCUGGCAGGUGUCGGUGCUGAAUUUCGUCAACCAACUGAAUGCUCACGGUGCCAACAGUGUGUGGGAGCACUUGCUGCUAGACUCGGUGUCGCCGAAGAACCUGAAGCGUAAACCAACACCCAAAGAUGCCGUGCACCCGACGAAGGCGGACUUUAUCCGCGCCAAGCACGUCAACCUGGCGUACGUGCUGAAGCCCAGCUUUCAGGUCGAGGAGGGUAGCAGUUUGGAGCUGGAGCUGAGUAAACAGCUGCACGCCAGCGUGCGGGCGGGAAACUUGGAAACUUCCCUGCGGUUGCUGGUGCAAGGGGCAGACCCGAACUUUUUCCACGAGGAUAAAGGUUCUACGCCAUUGCAUGUGGCCGUAAAGUCUGGCCAACUGUCGCAGAUUGAGCUGUUGCUGGUGUACGGUGCCGACGUUACCGCACACGAUGCCCAGGGCAACAGUCCGCUGGAGUUGGCGCGACAGGCGAAGAACAGCGUCAUCGCCGAACGGCUGCUGGAGGCCAUGUAUGAGGUGACCGAUCGGUUGACGUUCUUUUUGAUCGGUAAAAAACCGAACCAUGCGGCUGGCCAGCAUCUUCUUAUUCCCGAUCAGUCAAAAAAGGAAAUGAGUGAACAGUUGAAAAUUGCACGCGGGAAACUACAGCUCGUCCCGAACCGGAUGUUCGAAGAGCUGGUCAUGGACUUGUACGACGAGGUAGAUCGCCGGGAGACGGAGGCCAUUUGGGCAACCAGUGCACUGAAUCCCGAAUCCGGUGCCGUUCCGUUCCUCCCAACAAAUCCACACCUCAGUGCCACCCGAAAUCAGGGUCGUCAAAAACUGGCCCGCUUCAGUCAGCCAGAAUUCGCUGGAUUGUUGAUGGACGUUCUGCUUGAUGCGCACCGGCGUCAGAAUAUGGCCAAUCUACGCCCAAUCGAUGGUCCGCUUCCGGCGGGUUUGGCGCAGCUGAAGAUUUCCGCCAUGCCGGGUGCCCGCGAUUCGAACCUCUCCGACGACGAACCGCUCUACGAUGCCGUCGCGUCCGACGAUGACUAUGCCGCGCUGGCACCGGUCGCGCAACAGGCCCUAGUGAACAAAUCGUCUCCCGCGGCCGUCUCGAACGUGGAGGUCGAAACGUUGCGUCAGCGAAUACAGGAUCAGGAAUUGACCAUCAACGAGCUGCGCAGCAUGAUACACAGGCUGGCGUCGGAAAACAGUCAGCUCAAGUCGCACUUCGAUACACAGGACCACGAGGUGCAAUUACGGAACGACCCCACACUCUUAAAUGGCGCAACGGGAGUGGUUGAAAGUUCUCCGGAUGCUGCGGUCGGAUCCCGGCAAACGACACCGUCGGCAGCGGCAGUGGCAGCAGCGGCAGCGGCAGCUGCGGCCUACGCAAAACGACCAGUCAGCAUGUACGAAACGCGGCAAGCGCCACGAUCGGACGAGAGUCGACCGCCCAUCACCCAGAGUCUUUACUCGAUGGCGCCGGCCCCGAACCCAGGUGCAGCGGAUACAAUGAUGUCGCACAAUCUCGGACCGGAGGGAAGUUCCUCCGGCGGCGGCCAGAUGCCUCCGUUCGAGGAGGUAAAACAUCGGACGGAUGCGGUGGCUCGCCGCAUCAAGGAACUGUUCGCCGCCAUGAAGGAUCUCGCGCAACGGGAAGCGUUCAUUCCGUGUGCGGAACGGAUACGACUUGCCGUGGUCGACCUGAUGAGUCUCUUUCCCGGUUCGCUGAUCGCGAAUGAGUCCAUCCGCGGUGCACUGCAACAGCUAAACUACCACGCGAACCUCAUUCAGGCCGAGUGCGCCCGGUUGCAGCAGUGUCUGGCGGCUGAAAAUGGGCAGCUUAACGGUGGCGGAUCACCGGGUGGUGCUAGCCAGGGGGUUGGCAAGGGGUUGGGCGAAAGCAUCCAGCAGAGCAUGGAGCAGGUACGCGGCUGUGCGUACGAGCUGGCGAUGUCAACGAAAAUACUCAUCACCCACGUGCAGCAGUCCUAAGGGACGAAACAAUCAUGAUGCAUCGAAAGCCUCGAGGCUUACCAGUAGCAGGAUGGAACACCACACUAAUGUAUUUACACUAUUCAAGCCCAGAUCUUAGGACCCUGCAUUGGUUUUUGUGUACUCCAACCUUUAAUGGAUGAAAAGUUUGAAGAUUCUUUUCCAGGUUUGCCUUAAUGGAAUAUAGCAGCAUUUUAAUUUCCUAUUUUAAUUUUCAUUUAUGUUCCACAUCCUAUUAAAUCAGUUUAACUUGUCAUAUUCAACCCAGAGUCGUAACCCGUACAGUAUUUAUCCGCCGACUUUCAGAAGCCUUUGGCUCGAACGCAAUUAAUGUUAUUAAAAACCACGUGGGACCGGAGCAAUCGUUUGCAAUAUGAUUUUAGCAGACACAAAAUAUACACGUAACAAAAUAUAUUCAUAUAUACAUAUAUACAUAUACAAAAAUAUAUACAUAAAAAAGUGCCAAAAUAACAGAGGAAUAAUAUUGCCCCUAGGUUUUACUGACACAAUUAAUGCGAGCACCAAACCCAAUCGCUCAACAAACGACAAAUAAACUCAUUGUUGGCUACAGCGGGACGCGACAGUAGAUCGUUUACUUAACGAUCGUCCUUCCCUAACGAUUCUAAGGUUGAUAGAGUUCUCUCGUUUGUAUAAUCGUGGACCAUUUUUUAUGAAAUUUUACAUUAAACUAAAACCUAACGAGGUUGCAAUAACCGAUCGGCAGUGAGUGAUGUGAAGUGUUUCGUGUUCGUUUUUAUCCAGUACUAAAAACAAUCAGAACAAAGUGUACUCUAACAAGGAGUUUGAUACAGUUAGAGGAACUAGGAAUGUUUGUAUGUGCCCACCCUGAUGUGCAAGUUCAUAGAGAUUUUUUUAAAAAGUAUAUAACGUUCCCCAGUUUGGGUCGUCAGUAUAUUGCAGCUAUUUAUCGGCUAUUCGAAACACGCGGAUGCUGAAACCAUAACGAUGUUAAUAAAACUAAACAUAAA